AUGAGUAAUUUGAAGACAAGUCAAUUGAAUCUCUUCUAUGUUCUGUUGAUGUUGUUCAUUAAAUCCUCUCUAGAACAAGGAUUUACUCCGUUUGGACUACUUGGUUUCGGCGGACGUCCGCCUUUGUUUCAAGGAUUUGGGCCCCCACCGCCAGGUGUACAGACUUUUUUGCCUCCCCCUAUCGGGUUUCCAGGGAUCCCUGGUCCACCACCCUUUCCUAUUAUUUCUCCACUGACUGCUUUUGGAGGAGCAGGAAGUCUUACACUACCAAGUGAAACAGCACCAUCAACUCUUGAUCUUAGUGGAUUUUCCAAUUCUGUUCAAACGUUACCUGAUGCCACAUCAAGUAUCGUGUCGCAAUCAGGUUUCGAUGGAGGAUUACUAACCUUGGGUGAGUCUACAAACACUUUAAACAACCAGAAUUUAAUUACUACUCUGACGGGCCAAGACGCUCUACUAGGGGGUACCGUAACCUCACUUACUAACGACUUAGCGACAGGGGUGAUAACCUCGGAUGCCGGUGUACCGGAUGGAGUCAAUCCAGCCUCUGCUGUGGAGACUUCGUUUGUGUCCCGCUUUAGCAAUUCCAAUGAUGGCGGAUCGUUACAAACAACAGUAAACGGACAACUCAAUUCGUUUGAUUCAGUUCCUGGCACUAGCCAGCAAACUUUUGAUGCAAGUUCAAUUUUGAAUACCGUCUUUGGAAAUUCUAACUCAGACCCCAGCUCUAGUAGAGUAAGCCGCACAGGGACUGAAAACUCACCAACUGGAGUACUUCUUACCAGAGGUGUAUCCAAUAAUGCCACGCCUAAUAAUCUUAUACAACGUCAGACAGUCUCCGUCCGAAACACCGGAGAAGGAAUUCCUACAAUGAACGAACUUCAACAAAUGUUUACACCUACCGAAUUGUCUAAUAAUGUACAAGAAAGUGCAGUUGUAAAUGGAAUUGACGUGUCUCGAAGUGGUAACAGACAAGUGCGCACUGACCCUUCUGGAAGAAAUGACGCAACGAGAAGAGUAAAUAUUAAUUCCGUUACAACAGUCAAUCAAAUUAACGCUGACAGAAACCCUUCGCAGAUCAACACACCAGUAGAUGAAUUAAGUAUGGACUUCAGAAACUUUAUUCGAGCCGACGGAGGACAAACCGACCCAAGCGAUAUUCUGUCUCGAAUUCCUCAGUCACGUGGUACAGUAUUCACGACAUCAAAUGAAAGGAUGGUAAUGCCCUCUAAUUCUAUAUUCACUCAAGGUAUUGAUGAUCCAAACGCGGGACCUCGAACAACAAUUACAGAAACAGAAAUUCGUUCUAGAACAAAUACGAGGACCGGCACCCAGGAUGGACUAAUCACAUCUUCCUUUGCAACAGAUCCGGGAAUUAUGGUCCUUGAUAACACUCCCUCGUCUAGACCAGUUGGCGGUGGUAUGAAUCAGGACGCCAUUACUAUUUCACGAAAUGGAAACAACUUUGACGCCAGCCUAAGAAACCGCGAGACAGAUCCUGUGAAGAAGACCAGUGUAGUAAUAAAUGGCAAUAGCAACAUAGUGGGCUCUAAAGUGGAUGUACAAAACUCCGACACAAAGUUUGUAAACAUUCCCCAAUCUGUUGAUCUUAAACGUUCAGAAUUUCAGAACACAAAAUCCACUGUAAGAAAUAACCUUGACCCUGCAGCAGUUCUAGUUAACUCAAUGAGCGACAUAUUUAAUGCUAGAACAGGACCUACAACUAACGUUACCAGACAAAACAAUAGAAUUCAGGACCCUGAGUUAGAUUCUCAAAGAAGAAGCAAAAUUAUGUUUGUAGACGGAACCAAUAGUGAAAAUGACAGGUCUUUCCAACAAGGAUCAGCCUUUUCUGCUGAUCCGAACUUCCAAAACAAUGCAGUGAUUGGCAAUAGAGACCAGUCAGGAGUGAAUUUCAAUACUAACUUCCCAUCGGGUAGUAACAGACCGGGAGUAAAUAUAAAUCUCAAUUUCCCGGUCAAACAAUCGGAAGUUGAUAUUGGUGCCUCCCUCAAUCCUCUCAAUGGUAUUACGUCUGAUAUAGGAACCCAACAAAGAUUUCAACUAACCAGUAAAAUACCUAGCAGAAAUGUUGAAAAUUCAGACCCAAGUGCAAUAGACAUUGCAGAUCCGAGUAGAAUCCCUAGUGGUAUGAAUUCGAAAACAGUCCAAACUAUGAGAAAUCAGCAAAGAUCUGGAAUUGAGAGCAAUGCACUUCCAUCUGGAAAUUCCACAAGCAGAUUUAUCAAAAGAACCACAACUGUCAAACGUAUUUCUAAUUCCAUGGAAGAUGGUUCGGGUACUAUGUCACAAACAAUUAAUACCCGAGUUGCAGAUCCUUCUAAUACCAGGUUUUUUGCCAACUCUGAAAUCAAUGGAAUUAACUCCACUUUUAAUAGAAAUGCGGGGCUAUUCGUCGGAGAUCAAGCAACUUUAAACAGAUUUGUUUCAUCCUCGGAUUCCACUGGUUUCACUAGAGAUCCACAAAUCAUGGGCGUUCAAAACUCUCUUCAGACUAGUAGAUUUUCCCCAAGUGUCCUUCCUGGAAAUGUCGGAAAUUCUGGCCCAUUUUUAGGAGCCUUGGGCUCUAAUAAUGGCGUAAACAGUCGAUCCGCGAGGACAAGAUUCGUUUCUGCUUCCAAUACUAAUAAUGGAGGGGGCGUGUCUAGAACCGUGCAAGCUCAAAACACGCCAUCUGUUAAUGGUUUCCCUAACAACAAUGCUGCUGUGGAUCCUAGUUCAACAAGUAAUCAAUUUGUGUCAUCUAAUUCUGGAAACUUAGUUCGAUCUUUACAAAAUGUUCAAGGCACUAAUUUUGAAAGUAGUGGCUUCUCUAGAGGUUCCCGACAGAACACCAGAAUGGGUGGCUUUGUGAGCAUGACUGAUGGCGGUUCAUCGGGAAUGUCACAAAAUUCACAACGUUCCAUUUCCAACAUACUCGGCGGAACAUCGCCCGAGGGUUCCGGAUUCCAAACAGGGACAACGACUGGAAAUAAUUUCGGAAUAAGAGCGAGGGCAUCGACAAAUUUUUCUGAAGCUGGAAACAAUGUUGUUUCAAGAAAUACUGAUCCAAAUGCUGUUACAAUAAUUGAAACGUCGAGAGAUAAUGUUGUCUUGUCCUCAAACCCUGAAAGCAAUGGAGAUGGGGAUGUAAAUAUCAUGGCCCAAGGAACAACGUUACCUCCAGUUAAUGUAUUAAAUGAUACCAUAUCCUGUAAAACAAGUACUGACUGUCGCGCGGGUGAACAGUGCACAUACAACAGGAACUUCCUUUGUCCUGAUUGGGUAGAUUCUAUCAUCUGUCAAUGUCUGCCAGGAUGCAUAGCGUCCAAUGUAUUCAUACCACUGGGGUCCAAAGUAAUCAUUGAUAAUUGUGGAAACGAAUGUGUUUGCACUGGAAAUAACGGAGUGAUCAGUCCUCGUGCUGAAAUCAUUACAUCGCCAAUACCAGAAGCAAUAAAUGUGUCCGGAGGAAAACAGGUCAUCAUGAGAAGUCCUGUUCCAGUUCUGAUGAACACAAGGUCUUCACCAAGAUACACAUCACCCAGAAAAUCUCAGAUCCAUCAUGAGCAAUUCGCUGACAGUUCACAAAACUACCACCAGGUGUCACCACCGUUCAACCACAGUAAGAGGGACAACUCUUUAGAGGACAGUGAGGAAUUACCUGCAGAUGAAGACAGCACACAAAAUAAUGCAAGCUCUAGAAGUGAUAUCCUGUUAGAAUCCAGCAAUGAGAAGGGGGAUUUGCAUGAUUUGACGUCUGAUGAUUUAUCCAGAGAGGUCAGAGGUAUAGACAGGGAGAGGCUCGUGAAUGUGAAAGAUUACAGGCACUUUCAACAGAAUGAACAGAUGGAUUCAGAGGAACGAAUAUCUGAAGUUCUGGAUCAACCAGUGCAUAAUGAUCAUGUGAAAAACCGCAAAAACAUGCACACUUCAUUUAACAGAGGUUCCAUGCACAGCCAAGAGUUGAAGAGAAGAGAUAGUCCUUCUCCACGUAAAUCAAUACUUGACAAAAAAAUUGAGCACAAUCAAGGCCCCAGUCCAGCAAAGAAACUAAAAAGCAUUAAUUCAGCUAAGAAAACGAGGCAGAAUGGAAAACAAGAAUCAGAAAUUCCAAACCAAUCUAUGGUUCAGUUAAUGGCGGAAACUCCUGUACAACAGUCCAAUAGGAAACUAAUUAAGCCCAGAGUGAUCAUAUCGGAGAGUAAUGAAAUCGACAAAAAGAAGAAAAAGAAAGUCAAAACCAGGGACAAAAAUUCGGAACUGAUUAUGCAAAUGUGGACAGGAAGAGAUGGUGAUCGUCUUAAGAGAAAUGUGAUGGACCUUGAUGUCAUUAUGCACUGUAUAACAGAAACAUUAAACAAAUGCAAAGAGAAUUUCAAAGAGAAGCCACAACAAAGAGCCAUCAGCAGAUUUCUCUCACAGAUUAAUGCUGAUAUUGUGUCUCAGGUGAGAUACACAUUUCUCUCACAGAUUAAUGCUGAUAUUGUGUCUCAGGUGAGAUACACAUUUCUUUCACAGAUUAAUGCUGAUAUUGUGUCUCAGGUGAGAUACACAUUUCUCUCACAGAUUAAUGUUGAUGUUGUGUCUCAGAGCAGGAAAAAUGUUCAAGCAUUAAGGAGAGAAUUACAGAGUAUCCAGAACAAACAGGACAGUUUGUGGGAGAAAAUUGAGAAAGCUGAGAGUGAAUCCAGGGUAUGUGACAUCAGCAGUUGGAUGUUUGGGUUUCAGAAAUUCAUCACAAACAAUAAAACAAGGAUGACGAGACUCUCCACUAUUGAGGAAGAGAGUAUGACAGGAUAUUUAUAUUUAAAAAACUGACAAAGGUGGACAUGAAGAAAUCGAACAACAUUGUAGUCAAGACAAUUACAAAGCAGAGCGAUACAAGUGCGGUGAUUUCAACAAAUCCAAAUAUAAUGUCAUUGUUUAGCUUUUUAAUGAGAUUUAAUGUGGAAGACGUAAUGAUGCAUUGUAGGGUAUUCAUUAAAGAGAUUGUACAUACA